GUACUUACAUUUGGUUUCAAGCAAAGAUCAGUUGAUGACUACCGGUAGUACAGUUAAGUGGUAAAGAAGUUGAAAAUGACUCUUGGAGGAAGAGUUUUUUUAUUUGUGUUUCUUUUAAAUUUCCUACCAAAAGUAUUAUUUGCAAAUGUAGCUGAUAUAGCAGGAAUUUGCCCAACUAUGAAAAUUGCUGGCAGUGUUACACAAACUGAACUUUUACAAGAAUUAACCCAUGAUUGUCGUUACGAUAAAAUGGCUAGACCACCGGGUCAAAUUAAUUCUUCUGAUCCUAUAAAAGUUUAUACAAGAGUAUACAUAUAUAUACUUAGAUCAAAUAUGGCUAAGACCUUGCAAUUUGGUGUAAAUAUGAUGUUACAAUUUCGAUAUGUGGAUAAACGAUUGGAAUUCUCAGAUAUUGCACCAAAUUUAACUCAAAUAUAUGGCGGAAAAGUGGCACAUGAUCUAAUUUGGACACCUUCCGUGUAUGUAGCUAACGAACGAAGUUCUGCUGUUGUGGGAAAUAGUGUUAAAGAUUUGCUAAUCUCCAUUAAUCCAGCCGGAAUGGUCGUUUUAAAUACCAGAAUGGAGGCAAUUCUUAAUUGUGGACUUCGUUUAGAAAAAUUCCCAUUUGAUGUACAGGAGUGCCCACUAGCUUUUGAAAGCUGGACAUACAAUGUACAAGAUAUGGAACUGGUUUGGGAUGAUGAACCAAUUGUGCUUGCUGAUGAAUUACAUUUAACCGAGUAUAAACUUGUAGAAAAAUGGGUAAACCAGUCUCAAGUUUCAUAUACCACUGCACAACAGCAUUACGGUCAUUUUGCUGGUAAUUUCAGCUCAAUUACCAUAACAUUUAAGUUAGCUCGUGAAAUGGGAUUCUUCAUGAUGGAUUAUUAUAUACCAUCCAUAUUAAUUGUUGUUAUAUCUUGGGUAUCCUUUUGGUUACACAUGGAUGCAGGUCCUCCUCGAAUUGUUUUAGGAACAAAUACGAUAUUGACAUUUAUGACUCUUGCAUCUAAAGUAGAAAAUUCUUUACCAAAGGUAUCUUAUAUAAAAGCCAGUGAGAUUUGGUUUCUUGGUUGUACAAUAUUCUUAUUCUCAGCUAUGGUUGAAUUUGCAUUCGUAAAUACGAUUUAUAGAAGAAAAAAAAAUGUGCCAUUAAAAAAGGUGAACAGCAAGUAUAUACUUAAAUCCACUUUAACUCCAAAAUUAGCAAGGAAACAAUUUCAAAAGAAUACGGUAGGUUUAGAACGAUCGCGUUCUUGGUCUUCGCUCGACAAUGGUAAUAUCAACGAACAAGAUUAUUCAAGCCAAAAUUACCUCACUGUACACAGCUUUCCGAGUACAAUCAAUAUACCUUCGGUAAAGAUCGAGGAAGAUAAGGAUCAAGAAUGUUCCGUGGGGAGCAUCAUGACGAUCGACAGUACUCCACCGCCGAAACCUUUUACAAGACGGCCGACCCUAGCACAAUUACACAAUUUCACAACUAUGACGCCCCAAGAAAUAGCUCAAUGGAUCGACCGACGAAGUAGAAUAAUGGUUAUGGUAGAAGAAGUGGUCGGUGAGAAGUCAAAACGUUCUUUUCCACGACAAUAUCUUUAUGACAUUGUUUUUGGCGAAGAUGCAACACAGGAAGUCGUGUACGAAGGUACAACGAAAAAUUUAGUCCAAGAUGUUCUCAAUGGUUACAAUGCUACGGUCUUUGCGUAUGGAGCUACGGGAGCUGGAAAAACGCACACCAUGGUUGGGACCUCGUCCGAUCCAGGGAUCAUGGUUCGAGCUUUGAACGACAUUUUUCUAACGACCCAGAAACUAAUGAACAACGUAGAAUUUACUGUUACUAUGUCAUACGUAGAGAUAUACAAUGAGAACAUCCGCGAUCUGUUGAACCCUACCACAGGAUAUUUGGAGUUGCGUGAGGAUUCUCGAGGUCGCAACGUUCAAGUUUCGGGUCUUACGGAAGUGUCUACUAAUUCGACCGAGGAAGUCAUGCAACUCCUUCACAAAGGCAAUAAAGCAAGAAUGGUAGAGCCGACGGCUGCAAACGAAACCUCUUCGAGGAGUCACGCUCUCCUUAGUGUCACAGUCAGACAAUCCUCUUCUCCUGUUAAAGAGUCCGGGCAACGUCUUCGCACGAAAUUGAAGCAGGGUAGACUCUUCAUGAUAGAUCUCGCUGGUUCGGAGAGAGCCAAACAAACUCAGAACAAAGGUAAACGUCUUCAAGAGGGUGCGCAUAUUAACAGAUCAUUAUUGGCACUGAGCAACUGCAUCAAGGCAUUAUCCGGUGGAGCGAGAUUCGUGAAUUAUCGUGACUCCAAAUUGACCAGAUUGCUUAAAGAAGCUCUCGGUGGUAACUGUCGUACCGUUAUGAUAGCUCAUGUUUCACCAGCGAACGUGCACCGCGAUGAAAGUAAAAACACUUUGAAUUAUGCGGAUCGAGCGAACAAGAUUUCGAACAAGGUAGAAAGAAAUGUUCUUGACGUUAGUUAUCUUCACGUUGCCCAAUAUCAGGACAUAAUCAGUGAUCUGAAGAGCGAGAUAUCGCGUCUGCGUAAUAAAAUGAAGGAAGAUAGGCCUUCGGAUAGAUACGAGGAGAAGGAACAUGACGGUCAUGGUUCAGAUUUCAGAUCUUUGAGAGAGAAAAUUGUAUCCGCUUUUAAAGAACAAAUGCGCUUGAGGAAGAAACUUAUGGAACUGGAUAGUCAUCUCUUGGGAUUAAACAUCGCUGCGGAGCAACAGCAUUCGAUAAUCUCUCAGUGGGAAUCGAGGAACAAUAGAGUAUACGGGUCGAGUAGAGAUUCGGUAAAUCGUCGUCCUGGAACGGAUUAUCAAGUGGAAGAAGUCGAUGACAUAGAUCUUCUAGAGGAUAUUGAUUUCGAAGAUGAUUCAUUGGUACAGCAGGCUUGGGCGGAAUUGGCAGAGAUUUCGAAGGAACAGGAAAGGUACGUUGAAAUGCGCGCCGCUACGGAAAAGGAGCUAGAGGCUUGUAGGAAACGAAGUGCCGCGCUAGAAGACGAACUCCCAUCCCGUAUAAAUUCGGACGAAGAACGUGAGCUUUUAGCAUUGAUGUUAAAAGUUCACGAACUGGAAGCAGACAAAAUGAUGCUUCAGAGCGAGAGACUCGUGAAGCAACACGAACUUCGAAGACGAGAGCUUCUUCUUCUUCGUUAUGAUCGGCAAAGGCAAAUCUCUGAUGAGAUAAUCACAAGACAGAGACGAAUAAUGGAGGAUGGACGUCUGACUCUGCCACCGGAUUUACAAAAUCUUUAUGCGCUCUAUCAACAAGAGAUACAAGCUGCUACGUAUGUAGACAGUAAUCUGGCAGAUCUGACAUUCUCAUCCCUGGCAUUUGGAGCUAAACUUCCACCUAUAUCUAGUAGAUUGAGUUAUGACACUUUUAACAACGACAGCAGAAUACCAAGCAGUUCUACAGAUUCUGAUUGGGAUCAAUCGCCCUUACCACCGAUUCAAGAACCACUCGAUGUGGAAAGAGUAAUGGGUCCCGUAGUACAGCCUUUAAUCUCUCCAGCAGUUCUCUUCCCACCGAUUCCAUCCUCAAACUCGAGAAAUCAGAUUAGAAAACUCCGACGCAUAGCCAGCGACGAUAGCAUGGAUUCUGUAAGAUUUUCACAAGGAAACAAUAUGUGAUAUAAUGCAUUAAGAAGAACGGAUGAACGAGAAACGCCGAGCUGAAAUCGAAGCUGAAUUUUUGAGACUUUCGACGUCUUUCACGCGCCGUAUUUUCAAAUUUACGGUGUUCCACGUGCUCAACAAUCGCCUCUUUGUCGUUUUGAUUGAUGAUUUGAUUACUGGGCCUGAUCGCUAUACGACUGCUUCUCAAUCUUCUACGAAGUAUUCUAGGAUCGUUUUGAGGAUCAAUGAUCUCACGGAAGAUAUUAAAAGCACGAAAUCUUUCCCGAGGAUUCAUGUUCGGCGAAUGUGCUUGUUCCCAUAUUGACAAUGUCCAAUCAUUAAAUAUCUCCGAUGAUUUACUACGAUAGUUGUUCUCCAUGGAACGCUUAUAAUUUCUUGAUAAUUUGUUCUUGAACUCGUCUUUUUUAUCAUCGUUCGUUGUCUAAGAAAUGAUUGUUGAUCGACCGUUUAACUUAACAAUUAUAAAAGAUGAUAUUUUUCAUGAAUAGUAAUUUAGAAACGGGUUGGACGAUUCUAAUAUAUAAAGCGACUAUUAAAAAGAGAUACUCUCACUUUUUCAACGGAGGAAGAUGUAACUAAUUUAAUAGAAUCUUUCUCGUGUUUGUCAUCACGUACUACUUUCAAUUGAGGUAAUUCGAUCGUCUUGUCUUUGGUCAUCGAUGUGUAUGUCAUCGCGUUGUCCCGGUUAUUCGAUGGAAUCAACCAUUGCUCUAAGGUCGAAUUUUCAAUAUUCCACAUAUUCAAUAGCAUAUCCCAAUCUUUUUUUCUGUCUUUCCAGUAUGUUAUGGUCUGACCGAAUAUCAAAUUGCCGACACACAACGUACAACGACCGAAAGACUACACUAUCGAAGUAA